CGCAAGUCAAAUGCAGAGGAACCAGUGAAAGACCAACUAAACGCUGUGGCGGUUCGCGGUGUAUUGUCUCGUAUUUAUGUACAUUCAGCGGGAUCCUAUCCUGUCAGUUUUGAUAUUUAAAGCCCUCUGUCAUAGUAGUGUUUAAUAAGCGGUCGUGAACGGACAGUAACUGUUAGAUGUUGACAGCUGCGGCUUCACAUCCAGACAUGGUGCUUUGACAGAAGUGAUGCUUCAUCGCCAGUAUGGAGUCUUUGAUAUGUUAUUUAGUGCUAUUAGCUCCACUUUCUAUCCAUUCUGCGGUGAAGCCAGCAUCUGUUGAAGAGGACCUGAGAAAUCAGGAAGACGUACAAGAGUUUGAUGAGCUCAGCUCCAUACUGUCAGACUUUGAUGUGGUGCCUGCAUCAGAUCUCCAGCUUCACUCGGUCGGGAAGAGGGACGUUGAUGCCCGAUCACAUGUGGAGCGGCUGGUCAGCUUCACAGCACUCCAGAGGUAAAGCUGACAGAUC